AUGGCGGGCAGCCGAGGCAAAUUGUUCCUACUUGCAGCGCUCGGCGUGCUGUCAAUCCUAUCGCUUCCGGCGGCAACGCACGGCUGGGCGUCGGGCGGCGCGACGUGGUACGGGGGGCCUUCCGGCGACGGAAGCGAAGGUGGCGCUUGCGGCUACAAAAGCGAUGUUGGCCAGGACCCUUUCUCGUCGAUGAUCGCCGCCGGCGGGGAAUCCCUCUUCAAGAAGGGCAAAGGCUGCGGUGCGUGCUACCGGGUCAAGUGCAAGGAGAACCCGGCCUGCUCCGGCAACCACGUGACCAUCGUCAUCACCGACUCGUGCCCCGACGCGCAAUGCCAGAAGAGGGCGCACUUCGACAUGAGCGGCACCGCCUUCGGCGCCAUGGCCAAGCCCGGCAUGGCCGACCAGCUCCGUAACGCCGGAGUUCUCAACAUCGAAUUCGACAGGGUGCCGUGCAAGUACCACGGCAAGAAGGUUAGCUUCAAGAUGGACGCGGGAGCCAACCCAUUCUAUCUCGCCAUGCUGGUCGAAUACGAGGCCGGCGACGGAGACCUCAACUCCGUGGAAGUCAUGGAAGCCGGCGGCACCAAAGGCCACGCGAAGUGGGAGCCAAUGCGGCAGUCGUGGGGCGCCCUGUGGUGCCUGGACUCCAAGACCGGGAAACCACUGCAGGCUCCAUUCUCCUUCCGGCUGACCUCGGGUAACGGCAAGGUGCUCGUCGCCAACAACGUCGUCCCCGCCGGCUGGAAUGCCGGAAAGGCCUACCAGUCCAAGGUGAACUUCCCCGCCUGA